AAGUGCGCGCGCGCACACACCGGCAUGCACAGACCGCAUCGGCAGGCAGAUGAAGCAUGCCGGGAGACAGCGAGACAAAGCCGGGUGACCCGGGCCAGCGUGACAGGCACCGGCAGCCGUUCCUGAUCGGUGUGGCCGGCGGCACGGCCAGCGGAAAGUCAUCAGUGUGCAACAAAAUCAUGGAGCUGCUGGGCCAGAACGAGAUCGACCACCACCAGCGCCAAGUGGCCAUCCUUAGUCAGGACAGCUUCUACAAGGUCCUGACCCCAGAGCACAAGGCCAAGGCACUCAAGGGCCAGUUCAACUUUGACCACCCAGAUGCAUUUGACAAUGACCUUAUAAUUGAGACCCUUUGGGACAUCAAAGAAGGAAAAACUGUCCACAUUCCUGUUUAUGACUUUGUCUCCCAUUCCAGGAAGGAAGAGACGGUCACAGUGUACCCUGCCGAUGUGGUGCUGUUCGAAGGCAUCUUGAUGUUCUACUCUCAGGAGAUUCGAGACCUUUUCCAAAUGAAACUGUUUGUGGAUACGGACGCAGACACACGUCUGUCGCGCAGAGUGCUGAGGGACAUUAGUGAACGCGGCAGGGACCUGGAGAGCAUUCUAGCCCAAUACAUCAACUUUGUGAAACCUGCGUUUGAGGAGUUCUGCCUGCCAACCAAGAAGUACGCUGACGUGAUAAUUCCUAGAGGAGUUGAUAACACCGUUGCCAUUAACUUGAUUGUCCAGCACAUCCAGGACAUCCUGAACGGCGGCCUGACCAAACGACCCGACGGGUGGAUCAAUGGAUACGGGUUUAUGAAGCAGCAGCAGCCCGGCGUGGAGUCCAGCAGCCGGCCCCACUGACCUGAAACCACGUCAGUCUCUAAGUGCUCUUCUUCUUCAGUGCUGAGGAUCAGCAGUUAGAAACUGUAAAGGUCUUCCAGCGGUCUGAUUCUCCUCUGACUAAAGACAUCUGUAUAUAUAGAGAAUUUGAUUUAAGCUUUUUUUUCUGAUUCCAGUUUCCUCCUUUAGGUUUGAACUUUAUGAUCCAAUUUCAGUUUGAUUCAGGGCCAGAGCUGCUUGCCAUUACAACAGAAACAGACUUGAAUGUGAUGUAUAAUCAGAAAUGGUUUUCUGCUCAACCAGUCUCCCUAUUCUCCUGACAUCAGCAACGCAUUUUCACCUACACAUUGCCCUCUGAACAUUUCCUUCUUUCAAAUUGGUUCUCGGAUGUUUGGAGCAAACACUUGGUUGUUUUUUUUUUAUUUUUUUGUCUCUCUUAUUGUUGUCUUUCUUCACUUGACCCUUUCUGGGAAACAAAUAUGUCCAUAUAUGCAAGUUAAAGUUGAAAUAAGUUGGUUUUAUUGUUGCAUUUGUUUUGCUUUACCUGUUAAAAUGAAUUUUGAGACAAAGGAACCAGUUUCCCCCUCAGGUCCUCUGAUUUAACCAGGACCAUUGCGUCUGAAACACAGAUGGUUUUUGUCUUUACUUUAUGGACCAGCUGCAGAUGUUUAGUUCAAUAUGAUUUGGACUCAUUCACAAUUAGAGCAAUUCAUUUGCUUCCAUAUUCUGAUGCAGACAGAUGAUUUUUUUAUUAUUAUUAAAAGCUACACUAACAGGUACAGGCAUUAAAUUUAAUGUCUAAUGUGGAAAGUGUUGCUGUAAAUGUUCUUAUACUUUUGUAUAGAACUUUUUCUGAUCUUCUCAGGUACUUUGCUGUUCUUUCUCUUCAGGUUAUUUUUUGUUUUUGUUUUACUGUUGAACUGAGUGACAUGUCACCUGUUAUUAAAGCUCUCACGUUUUCACAAACAUUACAGUCAAACUCACUUGGGCUAAGUUGCAGUAAUCAGUCAAAUUAAGUUAUUUUCAUUAUUGACAAUGCUUUAAACGCUGCUUGAAAAACUAUGAAGCGUACAGAAAAUGGGCUGACUCAAGUCUCUCUUCUUUCUUUUUUAUAAUUCUUGUUGGAAUAAACUAAAGGAAAUGCUGUAUGCUUUAUGGGGGUAACUGUUCCAGGCAGAAAUAGAUUUCUGGCUUCUUUUGAGGUCUGAACUGGAAAGUCUGAUUUAGACCCACACUUCCUCUCCAUUAUUUUUCCUCUAACUUUUGCAUAAAAGUUAAAUAUAUGCUGCAGGUUCUUUGAGUAUGUAGGAGUUACAAGAAUGUCUCCCUUUUAUUUAUCAAAACAUGUCAAACAUUUAUCUAAUUUCUUUAUUCUUAUUUUUUUAUUGAACUAAAACAACCGGUGAAAAAUAAUGGGAGUUCUUGACCAGGUUAAGAGAAAAAUCAUAUUAAGUGAAAAAAGUUCAGAUAGUAGUAUUAACAAUAAACUGUUACGAGAAGUUGUAACAUUACCAGAAUAAUGUCAUAAUAUUAGAAGAGUUAAGUAUUCAUUUUCAGAACUCAAC